AGUGACCCCCACCCAGCACUGAAGCCCCAUCAGUGAGCAAAAAGCCACGCACGGAUCAAACCCUAAUCUCCACACCGCAUUUCGCUGCCCACCGAGCUCGAAAUCUUCUUCUGAUUGCAGAUGGCUUUGCCACCUUAAUCUCAGAACACUAGUUUGUUUCUUCGUCAAUCGGCCCCACCUCUUUAAUGGAGGCCUGUUGAUCCGCAGAUUUCAAUCACGGUAUGUGGAUUGGUCUCAUGCUGUGUGUGUCCGAGAUUUGGUAAGUUGAUGUGAUUUCGUUUCAAUUUCGGCCCGAGGAUAUGGAAGUUUCGGGGUGUUUCUGAUUGGUGGUUGUUAGAAAUUAUUCAUAGACAUGUAAUUAAUUUGAUGUUUAGUGAGCUAUGGUUUGACAGAAAACUGGAUUGUUGUAAAUGCAUUGGGUGUAGUUUUUGUGCAUAGACUGAAAGGAGGUUUUAGGAUGUCGUUUAAAAGUAUGAUUCAGGAUAUGAAGGGAGAGUUUGGGAGAAAAGGGUUUGAUGUGAAGUUUGGGUAUGGGCUGAGGUCGAGGUCGCACCGGGUGGUUCAGGAUAGUUCAGUGGCUGUUGAUGCUUUGAAGCAAAGCUGUUGGGCCAAUAUGCCCCCUGAGCUUUUGAGGGAUGUCUUGAUGAGGAUUGAGAAGUCAGAGUUUACUUGGCCCCUUAGGAAGAAUGUGGUUGCUUGUGCUGGCGUUUGUCGGAGUUGGAGAGAAAUCAUGAAGGAAAUUGUCAGCACUCCAGAAGUCUCGGGCAAGUUGACCUUCCCAAUCUCCCUGAAGCAGCCUGGCCCGAGAGACACCCUCAUCCAAUGUUAUAUAAAACGGAAUCGGGGCUCCCAAACAUAUCACCUUUUCCUCAAUUUAAGUCAAGCUUCAAAUGAUGAUGGCAAAUUCCUCCUAGCUGCUCGGAAAUGUCGUCGUCCAACAUGCACAGACUACAUCAUCUCCUUAAAUCCUGAAAUUGUAUCCAGGGGGAGCAGCACCUAUAUUGGAAAGUUGAGGUCAAAUUUUCUAGGGACCAAGUUCACAAUCUAUGAUGCACAGCCUCCAAAUGCUGGAGCCAAAGUUUCUAAAUGUCACUCAACCAGGCUCCUUGGCACAAAACAAGUCUCCCCCAGUUUCUCAGGUGGCAACUAUCCUGUGGCCCACAUUUCAUAUGAUCUGAAUGUCUUGGGCUCCAGGGGUCCAAGAAGGAUGCACUGUGUUAUGGAUGCCAUUCCUGCUUCUGCUAUUAACCCAGGUGGUAUAGCCCCCACUCAAACUGAAUUCCUUCUUGGUAACGUGGAAACUCCUCCAUCCCUUCCAUUUUUUAGAUCAAAAUCAACUCGCAUGGAGAAUUUCCACUGUGGACCCUUGUCCACCCAGAAAGAUGAUAUGCUGGUCUUGAAGAAUAAGGCUCCUAGAUGGCAUGAGCAACUCCAGUGCUGGUGCUUGAACUUUAAUGGACGGGUGACUGUUGCAUCUGUAAAGAACUUUCAGCUCGUUGCCUCAGUGGAAGAGGGAGCAGCUGUGCAGGAGCAAGAGAAUGUCAUUCUCCAGUUUGGGAAGGUGGGAAAGGACGUGUUCACCAUGGACUAUCAGUACCCAAUCUCAGCAUUCCAGGCGUUUGGGAUCUGCCUCAGCAGCUUUGACACCAAGAUUGCUUGUGAAUGAUUGGCAAGCAGGUCUGGUUGCCAGCUUCCAUUGUGCCUACAGAUAACAGAUCUUGCUGUGUGUAACAAAAAAUUGUCCCGGAAGGUGGUUGUGGUUUCUGGUAUGUGGGUACUGUGCAAAAGGCUUGUUGGGAGUUGGAGACUUGCACCAUUCCCCCUAAUUGCUGUACGAGUAGCUUGUGCUAGUCCUCUUUUCUUUUUCCUUCUUUUCUUUUCUGCCUUGUUGUACAUAAGAAUUGUCUGUAUCAUGGAUGGCCAUUUUGGUUCUUUGUUGACAUGCUUUAACCUAGUUAUACCCUAUAUGAGCCUGAAUUGCGGUCUGACCUUACUGGUUCAGGUCAUUUUAUUUUA